UUUCUAAGAGUCAGAAGGACGUUGUAUGUAACUAUAAAAUGUGUUCAGAUGGUGUGAGUGAGGAGGGCUGAACUCUGUCGGGGGAGGACUCACGCCAGCAAUUGAUUUCAGCAGAUAGUCCUUUUAGGUCAGUUUUGACCGAACAACUGUAGAAAAUGUUUCUUUUGUUCUGUUUGUGCUGGUGGACUCUUACUGCCGAGUCUGGCAGUAAAACAAAUGAAAUACAGUCAGUGUCUGUGAUGGAGGAAGAUUCUGUAACUUUACACACUUUUGUUACGAAAAUACACGAAGACGAUGACAUACAGUGGAUAUUCGGAGCCAAAAUCAUCGCUAAAAUUAGCAUUGAGAAACAAAACCUUUCUACAUUUUAUAGCCUUGAUGAGAGAUUCAGAGACAGACUGAAGCUGGACGAUCAAACUGGAUCUCUGACCAUCAUGAACAUCUCAACUCUACACGCUGGAGUUUAUCAGCUAAAGAUAAAUGCAGCUAAACUGUCAUCAAAAACAUUCAGCGUUUCUGUCUACUCUCCUUUGCCCACUCCUGACCUUACCAGAGAUUGUGCAUCAUCUUCAUCAUCUUGUUCGUUGUUGUGUUCGGCGGUGAACGUGGGUCAUGUGACUCUCUCCUGGUACAAAGGAAACAGUUUAUUGUCCAGCAUCAGUGUGUCUGAUCUCAGCAUCAGUCUCUCUCUACCUCUGGAGGUGGAAUAUCAGGAUAAAAACACCUACAGCUGUGUGAUCAACAACCCCAUCAGAAACCAGACCAAACAUCUGAACAUCAGUCAGCUCUGUCAGCCAUGUUCAGGUCAGAGUUGA